AACUAAUACUAGGAAACCCAUGAGUUAAAACUCAGACUUAAACGGAAGUCUUUCAAAAUUCUGUAAAGUGUCUUCUAUCUAGGAUAUAGUCACUGGAAUCAAGAGCUUUGCAUACGAAAGCCAUGUCCGAUUCGGAUGAGACCGCCUGGAUCCACUGGUUCUGCCGACAGCGCGGCAACGAGUUCUUCUGCGAGGUGGACGAGGAGUAUAUUCAGGACAAGUUCAAUCUAAACUUCCUCGACUCGAAUGUGACCAACUAUCGCUGUGCUUUGGAGGUGAUCCUUGAUCUAAGCUCGGGUUCGGCCUCGGACAUACCGCCGGAGUCGGAGCUGGAGGCCAGCGCUGAGAAGCUGUACGGUCUGAUCCAUGCCCGUUUCAUUCUCACCAAUCGAGGCAUCGAACUGAUGCUGGAAAAGUUCUACAAGUCUGGCUUUGGCACUUGUCCGCGAGCCUUCUGCCAGCGCCAGGCGGUGCUGCCCAUCGGCCUGACCGACAAUCCUGGCGAGGAAAUGGUGCGCCUCUAUUGCCCCAAGUGCAACGAUGUCUAUUACCCGAAAGCGGCGCGCCACUCUAAUUUGGAUGGGGCCUUCUUUGGCACUGGCUUCCCGCACAUGCUGUUUAUGGUGCAUCCCGAAGCGAGACCCAAGAGGACCAAUAAGAAAUUUACUCCCAGAUUGUAUGGCUUCAAGAUCCACCAAAAUGCCUACAAAUCGGUGGAUAGUCCCAAGGAUCAGAAUGACAGUCCUUAGAAAUCAAAGGUUUAUCCAAAAUUUCCCAUGUGAAAUCUAUGUUUUUUACCCCUUUAUAGCUUCUAGCUGGUUUGCAACUCAUUAAACUCUCAUAAUCAUAA